UUUCUGCUCUGUUGAAGCCGGGUGCUCGUUCCUUCCUGUUUGGAACAAGGCUGUCAAAAAUUGCGUCGGCUGUGUUAUUUUUUUUUCCCCCAAGUUGAUGUAUUUGUCUAUGUGCAUGUACAGUGCUUACCUUCAGUGUCUCUUAAUUUUCGCUUAGUUAUGCCUUCUGAAGACGAUUUGGAUUGUGCGUAUGAUUCGACCUGGGAGUCACUGAGUGAGGAGGAGGACGAUUCAUCUGAUUAUGGAGAUCAGUGUGGCGCUACGGGUAGACCCCAGAAAUAUUUUUGGAACUACAAAUGCGCUAGCUUCGGGUUCCAAUCUACGCGAAAUCUGCGUGCUGCUAAAGACAUGCAGGUUUAUCGGCACGGAUAUCCAAAUCUGCAAGAAAAUGAAGCGAAUACAAAUAAGGAAAUGUGUAAUUUGUUGUUUUACCAGAAUACAUUUCCUUCUGAGCCUGACGGGGUAACGAUAGAGGAAUUUCACUCUGAUUGGAAGACAAACUAUAGAAAACUGGAAAGAAUUCACUCCUACAUUCAGUGGUUGUUUCCUUUGCGGGAGCCAGGAAUGAACUACAGGGCCUAUGAACUCACCAAGAAGGAAAUGAAGGCAUUUCAGCAAUGUGAGGAAGCAAAACGGAGGCUAGUCGAGUCGUACAAACUCAUGCUGGGGUUCUAUGGUAUAGAGCUGGUGGAUGAGGGGACUGGAGAAGUGAGACGAGCAAACAACUGGGAGGACAGAUUCAGCAACCUGAACCGAAACAUGCACAAUAACCUCCGCAUAUCACGCAUCCUCAAGUGCCUGGGAGAGCUUGGGUUUGAACACUACCAGGCCCCACUCGUGAAGUUUUUCCUGACUGAGACCCUGGUGAACAAGGAACUGGGCAGCGUCAAGCGCAGUGCUCUGGACUACUUCCUGUUCUCAAUCAGAGACAAAAAGAAACGCAGGGAACUGAUUGAAUAUGCCUACCAUCACUAUGAAUCCAAGGAACCGUUCGUUUGGUGUCCACGGAAAAUUCAGAAGCGAUUCAAAACACGAAACGCGCCUGGGGAGAAAAGUAAGGAGAAAGGCAGCGGUGGCAGUCUUUCCACAUGCAAAGUUAAUCAGUGUGAAGCAGCUCGUCCGGUGCUAGAAAAGAGAAAAGAAACGCAGCAAGAUGCAGAGCCAGAGAAAGAGAAGAAAGAUGAAACCACAGAAGACCUGGCAGAGAGAGUAGACCCAGAAAGGAAAGGCAAAGGCAGCUCUCUUGAAGAGGGGUCAUCGAUUGAUAAUGAGCUUGAUAACCCACAAAGAUGCCAAGAUAAUAAUGUACAGCCAGCCAAGGGUACGAGUCAUGCUUCCGUGAAAGGGGACGGCAACAGCAAGGAAUUCAAAGAUGAAGGACUCGACGAGGACAGCAGAAGAAGCAAUUUAAAGCCAAAUGAAUAUUCAGCAAAUUCAGGGUUACCAGAGGCAGGUAAUAAUGGGGAGACAUUUACAGAUGAUACUGGCUUGAAAAAUAGCGAGCCAGUUGAUCAGGCAGAUAUAACUGAUAACCAGGGAACUGGAACAGGAAGUUCUGACAUGCUUGAAACGACAGCACCCAAAGACAAUGAGAGCGGUGUGCAAACGGAUGCUUGUGUAAGCGAAGGAACCAAUGAAGAUCCAGAUUGUGAGCAAAAGAGCUCUGAGACUGUGGAGAGCAACUGUGAUGAUACCCAAGAAAGCACAGGAAGUGUGUCGCAGGCUCAGCUGAGUGAGGAUCAGACAGCAAGAAUGAAUGAAUUACCAAAUCAGACUGCCAACCCUGGCAACGAGGACAUGGCUGAACAAGAAGAGCUGGUUGAAGACACGAACGCAGAAGUCCAGGGCUCACACACGCACAUAGGACAGAGCAUUGGUUGCACAAGUGAAGAUGUUGAGAUGAGCCAUGGUGACGAUGGUGCUACCAAUGGAAAGGUUGAAACUCCAAGCCCAAUGGAAUCUCAGUCCAUCGCAAUAAACAAUGAAGGACCUGCUGAAGACUCCGACUUGGAAUGUGAAAUGUUUCAAACUGGAUUACCAAAUUAAUGUUGUUUGAAUGUAUAGUGCACAGUUUGAUUGGCUGCUUCUCCUGUUUCAGUCUAAAUUAGUGCACUGUAUUAUAUGUAUAUUCUGUUACAGUUUAAACAUUGUAUAUGCUUUUGAACAGUGUGUUUGUGGCUGUCAGGAUUCACACUGAGACCAGUGGGAAUUUCAGAAAUUAAAUCCUAGAGCUGCCUUUCUGUGGUGGUUUUGGGAACAAUAUGUUUGAAAUAUUGAACAACCAUCUCAUUUAAUAAGUUCAAGAUAAACAGUUUGGUUUUAAAGUUAUGGGUGUCAGCGUAAAAGGUUUUAAAUGAAAAUAAAAUAAAACAAAAUUUAAGGGGUACUGUGUUAGCAAAAAUUAGUAAUACCUCCAUUACAAUAUUUUU